GAUUGGAAUCACUGUGUAGCCUAAGUCUCUUGCAUACUUUAACUCUUCGCUAUAGUAGACACCAAUAAAUUCCCCAGUUGGAAAGAUAAGAGUGUCAUUUUGGUCUCGAUAGGGAAGAAAGGGCUUUUUGAUAGUCUUAGGACAGACGACAUACGCCUCGAUAAAGCCGAAGAUGCUAUCUAAGUCCUUCCCAUUAAGAUUACCAUGCCAGACUGGAACACCACCGGGCAUUGGAUAUUCUUUCAUUACGAAGGGAUACAGAGAGUUCACGUCGUAAUAGAAUAGGUUUGAACCUAUGGGCUUGAAUGCGUCCGUAUGACCACCGUAGUAGCCACGCCUUAUAAAGUUGUCUUCAUUUUGGUUGGGGAUGUGGAUUGGCCAAUUGCAUUCAUCGUAAUAUUUCAUACGAUAGAUGCUUAGAGAAAGGGAUGAAAGUGUUAACUUGCUUACUAUGUCAAUACUGUAAUGCUCCCAAUAUAUACCUUGACAUUUUCGCAUUACACCACCAAGCAGAUGGAUGUCCUGCUUCAUAUAGCAAAGAAGAAUUUUCUUAUUACAUUCCAGAUUUGACAGACAAACUUGUUUAUGGCAGUAUAAAUCCCUUUUUAAUUUCUUGCGCUCUUUGGAAAAAAAAAAGUGGAUUAUAAAGAUCUAGUUUGUUGAUCAAUAUGGUGCAAGGAUGACGGGCGAUAUUUUCAGGGACACAUUCCAUUUUGUGAUUUAAGAACUAAUGGAAUGGACUGCGAGAGGGCCUGAGAUCCCCCUCCGUCACAAAGUCGCUGACCUCGAUACGAUAUUACAGUACAGGACAGGAUUUAAAUGAUUAUGAGCAUAAUGGUGAAGUCUACAAAAAAGUCAAGGGUGCGAAAGGGACUCUUGAUCAAAUAAAAAGAAACCACCUUUCUUUUCUUUUGAUUUUAUAAGUGCCGUGGGUCAGUCAUCCAUUCGGACGAUAUUAGUUAUGGAAGGAAACAGGGGAGUUGGCUGAUAAAGAUGGACAGUAACGAUCGCGUAAUAUCAAUUUUUCGGCCUCGUCAUCUUCCAAUUGCUCGGAAAUUCUCAGCUAUAUGGGGGACUUGGAUGGUGAGCAAAAACAAUUGAUCAAGAAGUUGGUCAACUUUCGCAUGAUAAAUGGUAAAAGAACUAGAGUUCGUGCUAUUGUUUAUAAAACUUUUAAUCGCCCAGCUCGAACUGAACGCGAUGUAAUCAAACUUAUGGUUGACGCCGUAGAUAAUAUAAAGCCCAUAUGCGAAGUGGUAAAAGUAGGAGUCGCAGGUACUAUUUAUGAUGUCCCUGGGAUUGUAACCAGGGAUCGUCAACAAACCUUAGCUAUUCGUUGGAUCCUUGGAGCUGCUUUCAAACGACGUAUAAGCUACAGGAUAAGCUUAGAGAAAUGUUCAUUUGCUGAGAUACUGGAUGCUUACCGAAAGAGGGGAAUUGCACGUAAGAGAAGAGAGAAUCUUCAUGGACUAGCUUCCACCAAUCGAAGUUUCGCGCAUUUCAGAUGGUGGUAAAGUGAUACCACAUAAAGAGCUCUUCCUCAUUCAGUCAUAUUCGAAAGUUAGAAAUGUUUGACCCUUUUCCUUUUAUCAUCUUCAUAUAGAAAGAAAGUCGGCCUUCCUCAUACUCCCCCCUUCAUUCAUUGAGUUGGAGGAAUCCACAGGUGGCCCGCCCGUUAUGUAUUGCAUAAAAGAACCUUUCUUUGUAUGACUUCUCUUUUGCUUGCCUCAGGUCGAAUGAAUACGAAAGGGAGAUCAAUCAAUAGGCCAUGAAUGAAGAAGUAGUGGGCAUUUUUCUUUUUUUACUCGUGGAGCUGAGAAAUCCACUUCAAAGGGAGGGAAGCUAGGAGUGC